UUGUUUGCUCAAGUUUGGACUUGAGUUUUGGAUUAAGAACCCUGAAUGAUCUAUCGAGAAAGUUCCCCGAGUUGCGAAUUUGCAAGGUGGGUGGCAGCAGAGAGAUGUACAGAGAGAAUAUCCAGUUGCCAUUUUUCAAAAGAUUUUUGUAUUAACUAUUGUUAUUGUGACGUUAGCCAGAGGGGGCAGAGGCGGGUGAAUUUCUGUACCUGCUACUUGCAAAGUUUUCUUUCUUGAGUCAUUUCUAGUCUUAUACUUAAAAACAAACAAAUAAACCAAAGGUUUUUUUUUUACUGUUAAGCAGACUGAUAGCCUCAGAUGAACGAGAAGGUAAUGGAAAUGAUGCGAAAAGUUAGUAAAAUUCAGGCAUGCUACUGCAGGCAUGGAUAUUUGUUGAUGAAACGAGUUUUUUAUGUCGAGUGGAGUUAGGCUAAUUUGGUAGUAAAAUAGAGUAGACUUUGGGAGUCUUAGCUAGAGAUGGGACAGGCUAGUUUGUAACAUGGUGAUGAUAAGACCUACUCACCGGUGGUUAGGAUGGUUUAAAUGAGGUGGUGUGGGCGCUGUGCCUAGGGUAUCACUCCGUAUGUGGCUGCUUAAAGAAGAGUCACAGAAAAUGUAGUAUUCAUUAACACUGCUUAGUUCUCCUGGAGUCAAUAGGUUUUACAUGUCCUCCUACUAGUUCACAAAUGGGCCUCCUCCAAUUUAAGGAAUUUUGGAUAGAAUAGGUUAUUCAAGUUGUAGUUGAACUUACGUUUAGACACAUUCUAGAGAGGCCCAAGGGAAGCAGACUUUCCAAUUCAAGUGUAACUAACAACGUUUAAGAAAACAAAUAAUGAAGUUGGAACCAGAUCACAAAGGGACCCACAUUCACCUAGCUGCAUUGAUAGCUUGAGUAUAUAUUACCUAGAAUCCAGUCUGUGAAGGAACUAAGAUCCAUGUGGCUAGCUUGCCUUUUUCUACCACAAAGUUCCCUUGUGUAGCUAGAUUUUAAAAGAGCCUAAAAUCUUGAAAGGGUAUUUAUUCUGUGAGAGUGAGGUUUUGUAAACAAAUAAUAGUAGGACUAGAAAUAGUAGAAGAGGGAUAGAAUAUAGUACUCAGAAUACAAAUAGAUUAUUAAAGAUUAUUUAAUGGUAAUAACGUUUAUAUCACAGUUUGCUCGGAUCUUUUUUGUGUAUUUCCUUAAUUCUCAUAACGGCACAGCAAGUUAGUUGUUAUUCACUCUCAUCCUUGUUGUGAGGAUUGAAAAUGAGUAAAGCUGUGAUAACUAGUAGUUCAUAGAACUUCAGAGAUAAGCCAUUCAGAUAUCCAGGAAGUGGUGAAGCCAGGACUGAGCCUCCUUCUUUCUUGACGUCCUGCACUUCUUCCGUUUUACUGUAGAUCCACAACUGUUAUAAAGUAAUUGUUACUUUUGGUUAUUUAUUAUGGAGAUCUUAUUUCUAAUGGAUUUAAAAAUAGUUUUGAAUUGUAAAAAGUAUUUUAAAAUUUCAAACCAGUCUCCUAAAAAGUUUAUGAUUGAGUAAUUUAACUAGAUUUUUAAGUUUAGUUUUUUUUUAAUGAGUCCAUUAGUCUUCUUUUGUCCUUUACCAUCCAAUUUCCGUAAAUCCACCUCUUAUUUCCAAGAAAUUCUUGACUUGAGAUGAAUACUAACAUCAUUUAUGAUGUUUACUAUUUUGUUUAUGUGAACAGGAGCUUUGUGUACUUUAGGCAGUAGAAGAAUGUCGUAUGUCUGUUAUCUUUACUUGAACAAGGCAUGUGACAAAGUCUAGAACCAGCGUAAACCAUAGUGUUGUUGGAUCAAUGUCAGAGAUUAGUGGCAUUCCUUGUUCUGUCAUUUUAAUCAGUGAAUUGGAGAGUAAUAAAGAUGAUAAUAGCUAAUACCUACAUAGUAGUACUCGCAGGGCAUAGUUCUAUGCACUUCACGUAUAUUAAUUCAUAACUAACCCUAUGAGGUAAGUACUAUUUUAUUCUUAUUUUAAGGAAGCACAGAGAGGUGAAGUGACUUCUCCAAGGUUUCAGUUAAUGCAAACCAGGAGCACUUAUCAGUUUUGUUGGAGAGGCUAACAAUUAGAGAACAGUGCUGGGAUUCACAGAGAACUACCAAACUAAAAGGAAGUGUGUAUUUAUAAGUGUUUUAAUGAUUCAUGGUGGCUUAUAAUUGUAUGAGCAAAAUAAGAUCAUUUGAAAGUAAGGAAGAAAGAUGAGAAUGGGAACUAAGGGUAAUGAAAUAAAUAUGAUGGAGGCUGGAAUCUGGGUACACAAGAUGAAUGUCAGACUCUUGAUGCAGGCAGCCCACAAAUUUGAAUUUUAAGAUUACUGAGCAGCCAACUUGAGAGAAAUACAACCCCUGAGUCCAUAAAAUUGAAACAGACUGGUUAUUUGAACCAAAACAGAACUGACAAAGGAUAACCUGUCAUGUAUUCUCUUGAAGAAGAGACUAUAUAGUGAAUAAUAUCUUUGUAAUAAAAGUGAUGAAUUUUGUAGGAGUAUUUCUUAUAACUUCUCUGAAGCCCAUUUCGGUAGAAGUAAUUCUAACAGGUAGUGCUGUCAGUAUUGCUGGAUCUAAAUUCAAGAUGCUGAUAAUCUGGCUUAAUUUAGAGGAUGACGCUGUAGGAGUAGAUGUCAUAUGUGUUUUGAUAGUUCUCUAUAAUAACACAUAUAAUAUAAUAAAAAUGAGUUUCUGAAAGGUAGUGAGCAGCGGUGUGUUGGGAAUUAUUUGUCAACCAGUAGUUAGAGUACACCUAUUCUUUGUUUUCUGUUUAUUGCAGAGGGACAUCAUUCUCUCUGCCUGCUGGGUGCCAGUGGAAAUCGAGGCCUUGGGGAAACAGUGGUGACCAAAUAUCAAAUGAAUGUGCAGUCACCAGCCCUGUCCCUACGUAGCUUUAUAGCCUAAUGGAGGAAACGGUCAAUUAAAACACAUAGUUCUAACAGAUAUAUAAGUCCUCGAAUGUGGCAAACUGAGGGUUCCUUUGAGCUGUGCCCUGGAUUUAGGGGCCAGGGAAGAUUUAGCAGAGCAGGUGGCGUCCAGUCUGAUACCUGAAGGGUGAAUAGCACUGGAAUCCCUGAGUCAGGGUUCAGAUCACCAGACUUGUGUUGGCCAGCUGCUUUGCUUUGUAGAAAAUAUCCUGGUCAGUGGGUAAGAUAGAGUCCCACCCCUUAAGUGAGGAAGAGUUCAUUUUGGUUUGUUUAUUUAAAAUGAGAACUUGAUAAGUUACCAAGCGUGCUUAUAUAAAACUAAAUAUAAAGAAUUAUACAAAGGGUUCUAUUACUCCAUUUUCAAUUUCUACUUACUAAAGGACCAGUAAUAACCCUGAAGUGUGGUUAAGGGGAUAGUUUGUUAAUAAAUAAUUCUCAAAUUUAUCCAGGGCCCACCAUGUGCCAGGCACUGUUUUAGGUACAUCACAUAUAUCAGAGAACAAAACAAAGAUCUCUGCCCUCCUGGAACUUUGAUCCUUUUGUUAUAGCAUUGCAGUACUCUGAUGGAGUCAAAGGAUGAAUAAGAAUUAGCCAUGGGAAGGAAGCUAAGCCUAUACGUGGGAAUAGCAUGGACAGAGGUUCAGAGGUGGGCUGGACGUCUUGUGAAAAGUGAGGAGCUUGAAUAGGACUGGAAUGUGACUGGAGGGCCACUGCGGCUUUUAGAGGAGACCCAAAGGGAAUGCACAGGUAGAACUGAGAUUCUCCUCAGAAAAUUUGAAUAUUUGAUACUGAGACAAAUCAAAACCCCAUAGUUUACUCCUUAAAAGGAGUGACAGUAAUUUUAACUGAAAAAAAAUUUAAACAAAAUGUAGCAACCACACCCUUCAGCUAUUAAAAAUCAAACUAAACAACAACAACAAACCUUUAAACCAAAUCUCCAUGGCACAGAUAGCUUGAAGCCCUGUAACUUUUGGGGAUGUCCUUCAAUUUAAACUCAUUGCCAAAUGUACAUUAGUAACUAAAAUGAAGAAAGUUAUAGAAUGUAAUUUUGAGUUAUGAGUCGGUUAAAAAUUAUCUACUCAAAAACAGUUAGUUUGAUUUUAGUCUUUUUUCUGGCAGUAAUUAGAUAGUAGGACCAGGUGUCUUUUAAGUGCCUUUCUAGAUUGUGAUGGUAAACCUAGGUCAUCUUCAAAGAAUGUCUCUUUUCGUGUGGGGAGAUUAUCCCAUUUAUCCAAGAGUUGCUCAAUAAGGCACAAGUUAAAGAAAAAGAGAUUGAGAAUAUCUUGGCUGAUUUUGUAGUAGUGGUUCAAUUGAUCUGAUUUUGAUUGAAACUGAAGUAUUAAGUAUUCAGAGUAUGAUCAUGGGCUCCAUGAGAGCAACGAAGGCAGAUUGUAUGAUAAACUCACAAAGUUUAACCCAUAAAGCAAUUUGAUAACAUUUAAUAGUAAUAGUGUCAAAGUCUGCACAUAGUUUCCAAAAGAACUGCUCCAGUACAGAAUGAGAGAGACCACGAGUGGUCUAAGAGUUUAGCCAUUUCGGUGGGAAUUCAUAGUAUGACAGGGCUCCUGAACACUAAUGUAGUACUAGAGUGCUGAUUAUUUUACUGUAGUGUCAAGACUGAGAGACGUCUCUGUUCUCUGCAGUGAGUUGCUUGAUUCUGAAGACCAUAUUUUAAGGAGACACGUUGAAAAACUGAGCAAUGAGACAAGACGGCAACUUGGAUCCUGGAAAGCCUGAAAACAUAGGGAAGGAGGUGGAGAAUAGGGGAGACUUAAGGGAACAUGGAACAAUCUUCAGCUGUUUGAAGGGCUGUCCCUGGGAAGAAAGGAAGUUGAAUACAUUCUUGGAUGAUCCAGAAUUUGCUGAUAUUAUAUUGAAAGCAGAGCAAGCAAUAGAAUUUGGAGUUUUUCCAGAAAGAAUCUCUCAAGGUUCAAGUGGAAGUUACUUUGUGAAGGAUCCUAAGAGGAAAAUUAUCGGUGUGUUUAAACCCAAAUCAGAAGAGCCUUAUGGUCAACUGAACCCAAAAUGGACCAAGUAUGUUCAUAAGGUCUGCUGCCCUUGCUGCUUUGGUCGAGGCUGCCUGCUUCCUAAUCAGGGAUACCUUUCCGAAGCUGGGGCCUUCCUUGUGGAUAGAAAGCUUCAUCUGGGCAUUGUACCUAAAACAAGGGUGGUUUGGCUUGUCAGUGAGACAUUUAACUACAGUACAAUUGACCGUGCAAAAUCUCGAGGCAAAAAGUAUGCUUUAGAGAAAGUGCCAAAAGUAGGUAGAAAAUUUCAUCGGAUAGGCCUCCCUCCUAAGAUUGGUUCCUUUCAGUUGUUUGUUGAAGGUUACAAGGAGGCUGAGUAUUGGCUUAGGAAAUUUGAAGCUGACCCUUUGCCUGAGAAUAUUAGAAAACAAUUUCAGUCACAGUUUGAACGAUUAGUUGUUUUGGAUUACAUCAUCAGAAAUACAGACAGGGGAAAUGAUAAUUGGUUAAUCAGAUAUGAAAAGCAGAAAUAUGGAAAGGAAAUUAAGGAAGCAGAAUGGAUUGAUGAUAGAGAACCACUUAUUAAAAUAGCUGCAAUUGAUAACGGUCUGGCAUUUCCUUUCAAACAUCCUGAUGAGUGGAGAGCAUAUCCAUUUCACUGGGCUUGGCUUCCUCAAGCAAAAGUUCCUUUUUCUGAAGAAAUAAGAAACUUGAUUCUACCAUGUAUUUCUGAUAUGAACUUUGUGCAAGAUUUAUGUGAAGAUCUUCAUGAACUUUUUAAGAUGGACAGACGAUUUGACAAAGCCACUUUCGAAAGUCAGAUGUCUGUGAUGAGGGGUCAGAUCUUAAAUCUUACUCAGGCAUUGAGAGACGGGAAGAGCCCUGUCCAGCUGGUGCAGAUGCCGUGCGUGAUUGUGGAGCGCAGUCGAGGUGGAAGUCAGGGUCGGAUUGUCCACCUCAGCAAUUCCUUCACCCAGACUUUCCAUUGCAGGAGGCCCUUCUUUUCCUCCUGGUAGCAGAUGUAAGAGUAAGAGAAACAAACUCUUUGGCAUUGUUGUUGUUAAUAUGUUACAGUAAUGUAAAUCUGCUGUUAAGAGCUCCAGUUGCCAAAACCUCAAAUAAUCUAAGUCUUUAAAAGGUUAUCUUUUGAAUGUAAUCAAAAGUUUACAGUUUUUUGUCCAAAUAUUAAAUUUCUAUUUCAGGGAAGAAGUGAUAUAUCUCCUAUAUUGUAUUUUUGUAGAAAAAAUGUUGCUGAUGUUAGUUUAAAAGGUAAUUUCAUGGUUUAUACAUUCUGAUAUGACUGUAAUUACUUUAGAGUUCCAAAUAGAAAAGUAAGAUAUUUGUUGACUUUGAAUAGAAUAACUUUUUAUAUGCUUUUUAAACAUUGAGAGGAUUGUUCAUGUUAACUCUUCUUACAUUAUAAGAGGCCUUUGAGGGUGAAACUGCUCUUAUGAACUCUUAAUAGAGUAGUUAAUAGAAAAACAGGUUAGAAUAAAGCAAUGUUGCCUUAAUUUAAAAAGCUGCUGUUUUAGAACUUGAAUAAGUGCCCCUAAAAUGACCAUUAUUAGGGACCAGAAAAUUAUAUCUUGGUUAGGUAACAGGCACCCAUUUUCUUUUUUGUACUUCAGGAUAUUUUUGGUAAAUUAUUUUCUUAUAUAGAAAAAAAAUCUAAAGACAUCCUUUUUUAUAAAAUGGAAACAUUCAACUGAGACUUGAGGGGAAUAAUAUGAAAUUAAGGAGAUCCCUAAUAUUUUGAAAUUCCAAAAUUAAAAAUUCUCUUUUCUUUCUUGCAUUGAUCAAGUACUUAAUUAGUACUUCAGAAUACUAAUCUUAUUCAAUUUAUUACUUCAGUUAGUAUUAAACUUCACUGAAAAGUAAACCAUACCCCCAGGUGUGUAUUGGAUUGCACUUUGGGGUCCUAGGACAUAAGCUCUUAAAAAUAAUAAUAGUAUUGUAGAUUACUUGAAAUUAUCGAUGUUAUUAUAAUUACAUUCAACUUUAGGAUACGUGCCCUAAUUAAAGGGGAACAUGACAGAGAUAACCGUGAGAUCAUUUAUAUGUGAUUUUGAAUAGCAGUAUGUCUGCUGUCCUGGGAAUCUGUAGCACUUUUAACUCACCAAGCAAUUUAAAUUGGGGGGAGCCUGAUGUGAAGACGUGAGUCCAAAGAAGCGGAAGUUUCGUUCUCUUCGUCAAGCACCAAACAAGUCACAUCACCACUCAGACUAAACUGGGCAGUUUGUGGUCUUGGCCCUUUGUUUUUUAAGCUUUCUGUCAUGUGGUUUUUUUUAAAUUAAAUAUUUUUGUGUAAGAAGUAUUUCCCGAAGGUUAAAUCAGGGCGGGAGACAGCUGCAGCUCUCCCUCUCUCCCAUCUUUCUCCCGCUCUCGGGGAGGUGACGAGAGACACUGCUGUUGCAGCAGCAGUCCAGCGGAAGCCCGUGUUCUCCUACCUCCCGCGGCCCUCCACCAUCUUAAUGUUGAGAAAAUGGAAGAUUGACUGGAAAUCCAACACUCAAGCUACUAUCUUUAGAUAAACACUAGUAAUUAAAAUGUGCCUUUUGAAGAUGUGUUCUAAAAGAAAUAAGUUGUUAUGAUGUGGGUACUGCCUUUAUAAAACAGUUUUUUCAGUAUUUUGAGAAUUGCUAUAUUAAUUUUUAUAAUGGAAAACUUAGUAAAUUGCUACUGUCUUAUGUCCUGAAAUUAAAAUAGUGUGCAAAUAUUUUUAAAUGGUCUGACUAGGCCAGGAAAGUAAAGUUGAAAUAUUUAAGAUAUGAUUACGAGUCAGAGUACAUUGGUUAUAUUUUGUAAAUUUUCAGGAACUUAAUUCUUAUUUAAAUAUUGUGUUAAUUUUUUCAAUAAGUAUAUUGUAGUGUCAAACAUGGUAGACUAAUGGUAAUAAAAAUCACUGUCUUAAGGCUAGAUUUAUCCUGAAGUAUGUAUAUUGAAUAUUUAUAAUGUUUUGAACACAUUUAUGUUUAUAAAUGAUGCCAAACUA